GCUCCGAGAAUCUACGUCACAAACUUGACAAUUACUCCUCCAGCUUGCGUCUCUGAACCUCUUGGAUAUUUGUGGUUCGUCAGCACAUGUAAUGUUUAAGGCUAAGUGAUUACAAGGGCCCUGUCAUACCAAGGCAGAAUGGACAAGAAGUGGUCAAGACCAAGAGAAUGUUGCCUGGUAUUCUUCUCCCAACAACCAACGGUUGAGAUAAAAUCUCAACUAUUAAGGCAGCCUGUAACUCCUCUUUUGCUCAAGCACAGAAACUGAGAAACCCGUGCUUUUAAACCACUUAGCUUAUGCACCCUUCUUGUCGAAUCGGCUCUGAAGUUAUCAACUCGUUUUCUGACGUAUCAUUCUCUUCGACAUGGCUCUCAAUUCAACCAUGCAGGGCGUUGUUUGGGAGGGUACGCCCUUCCAGAUGAACGUGACGAAUCUAGCAGAGCCUACCAUUCUCAAUCAAACAGACGCAAUUGUGCAAGUGACACUCUCGGCCAUAUGUGGUACGGACCUCCACACAUACCACGGAGUCUACGGCAGCCAGGAAGUUCCCUGGGUAAUGGGCCAUGAGGCUAUCGGAUUGAUCCAUGAUGUUGGAAGUGCCGUGAGCUCCCUGACGAUUGGCGAUAAGGUGGUCAUCCCUGACCAAGCUUCGGACGGUCAUCUCGAUAUGGGUGCCCCAGACCUAGUUGCUUUCGGUUUGGGGUUGGACUAUGGUCUUGCAACCGGCUGUCAAGCCGAGUAUGUCCGUGUUCCGUUCGCUGAUGAGAGUCUAAUUCACAUUCCCUCCAGCAGCAGCAACAGCUCCACCAACCUGACCGCUCCCAAUCUGGAUCUCGACUAUCUUUUUGUCUCGGAUAUCUUUGCGACUGGCUGGAGUGCUCUCGACUUUUCCGGUUUCGAAGCUGGUGAGUCGGUUGCCGUCUUCGGCGCUGGUCCCGUAGGUCUUCUCUCUGCAUAUUCUGCUGUCCUUCGAGGUGCGACUCGCGUCUAUCUAGUCGAUCACGUCCAUGAGCGACUCCGGCUCGGUGAGUCCAUCGGUGCUAUUCCUAUCGACUUCACUGCCUCGGACCCUGUGGAGCAAAUUCUCAAGCAUGAGCCCAAUGGAGUCCGUCGAAGUGUUGAUUGCGUUGGAUUUGAAGCACUAAACGGCAGUCUCGAGCAUCAAGAGAACGAAGUAAUUAUGAAUAUGGUAGCGGUCACAGCAACCGGUGGAGGCAUCGGCCAGGUUGGCGUCUUCUCAGCUUCUGCAGAUUCGCCCGGCACGCCUCUGGGGCGAACCAUGUCCCCGACUGUUCAAUUUCCAAGCUCGGACUUUUUCAAUAAGGGGCUGAGAUUCCAAGCCGGCGGAGUAGAUCCGAAGCAUCUGGCGCCCCAGCUAGUAGAGCUCAUUGAGAGUGGCAAAGCUCGCCCGAGCUUCAUUGUGAGCAGUAUUAUCGACAUUGCACAGGCGCCAGAAUAUUAUCGAAGAUUUGAUCAGCAUCAAGAAACCAAGGUUGUAAUUCAAUUCUGAACAAGGCAUCAACUUUUCAGCAUGCAUCUCAAGCCAUAUCCAGAGCGGUAAAGCUUCUCUGCACUUUCCUGCAAAUUAUUUCUUUGGCCUUGGAAUCGGUAGAUAUGAUACAUCCAG